AUGGGCCCGACCUUGACAUCAGGCCAAAAGAACAUUCUGGCCAUGUCCAAAGCCGAGUACCUUACUCAAGUCGAUGAUUCAGAUUCGGGUACCAGGCUUCAGGUAACCGCGGCUAUCUUCCGUGUCGACGUCCAAUCGUCAAGGCCAACCAUUCUUCUCCUGAAGCGGAGGUCCCACGAUCUGCAUUCUCCGGGCCCGUUCGAGAUCCCGAGUGGAAGGGUGGACGACGGCGACUUCUUCAUAUCCGACUCUAUAGCUCGUGCGGUGAAGAAGCAGGCGAGUCUCAAGGUCAUUAAGGUCUUGGGGAUGCUGCGUGAGGGUCGUUGGGUGGACAGGCAUUCGUGGCUGGAAGAUGACGACAUAAAGCUGACGGUGACGCAGAAGACCGUACAGUUGAACUGGGCAGUAUCGGUGGACAGCAGUGACGAGGUUGUAGUCAGAGGAGACGACUUUGAGGAGUUCGUCUGGGCCAACUGGAACGCGUUAGGUGCGCUCAAUCUGAAGGACGACGUGCGCGAUCUGGCUAAAGAGGCAUUGACUUGGGCGGCGAGGUGCUUGUGCUGA